GAGGCUAAGCUAUCACGUGAUACCAGCCAUCCCGGCAUCCUUUCCGAAAUGCGGGAGUAAACAAAGGAUUUGUGCGAAGUGGAGAUGUUUUUCGUCAAAUUCGCCAGGUUUGGUGAAAUUUUGCAGGGCAGAUUAUACAUCAAUAGAAAGCUGAAACAUUGAUUUCUUUGUGGUGCAAAAGGCAAUUCGGUGGAUUAUUUCACGAUGUCAGUAGAGACCGAAAACCAACUUGGAUCCAAAGCUCCGAUUCGCACACAAUGGAGGCCAAUGAAGGCGACCCGGGCCAAGAGCCAAACGAACCAGUGAUGUUUUGUGUAAAUCGCCCAACAGAUGCCGAUUGUGUGCUGUCCACGGUUCAACUGCAAGCCUUGAUUGGAACAGACCUGGCUGGCAAGAUGAACUUCCUUUCAUCAUUUUUCAUUUCCUUGAUUUAUUGGACUGGACUUUCAAUACACUUAGUUUCAGGUCAAAAUGGUACCAUUGUUGCUCACUUCUCCACGGAUUCAAUAGAUACAGAAAUUGGAGACACGUCGAAUGUCACAUUGUCCAUCAGCUCUUUUUUGCAAGAAAACACAACUCUGUUGUUUACAUAUGAGGACAAGUAUGUAGAUAGCCAUGAUUACAUCGUACCUAUUCCAAACAUCACGGUGGAUGCCAGCAACAACCGUACCUCGUGGGUAGUGCAGAUCAUCGGGAACAAUGGCGGUCAUGUGAUUGUUGGGGUCAAUUCGUCGUCUGUGGAAUUUGAGGACAUCAAGAAAGCUUAUAUACGUGUGGAUGUGGUCCAUAGCUCUGCGCUGGUCAUCAUCAAUGCUGUGAUUGGCUGGGUCUACUUUGUGGCAUGGUCGGUGUCUUUCUACCCUCAAGUCUACACCAACUGGAAAAGGAAAAGUGUGAUUGGCCUCAACUUUGACUUCCUUUGCUACAACAUCACUGGAUUCUUGGCUUACGGCUUCUUCAACGUAGGCAUGUACUGGGUCCCAUCAGUUCAGGCUGAGUACUUCAGUGACCAUCCCAGAGGCAUUAACCCUGUGCAGCUGAAUGAUGUCAUCUUUACUCUUCACGCUGUGUUUGUCACCAUCCUCACAAUUGUGCAAUGUUUCCUGUAUGAGCGAGGGGAUCAGCGUGUUUCCAAAAUCUGUAUUGGCCUUUUGGUGGGCGCUUGGCUGUUUGCUGCUAUUGCAUUGAUUGUGACAUUGACGCAUACAAUCACCUGGCUGACUUACCUCUACUACUUCUCCUACAUCAAACUCGGGGUCACUCUCAUCAAAUACAUGCCUCAGGCCCUCAUGAACUUCCGCCGUAAAAGCACUGUGGGAUGGAGUAUUGGCAACGUUUUGCUCGACUUCACCGGAGGCUCGCUCAGUUUGCUGCAGAUGUUUCUCCUUUCCUACAACAGUGACGACUGGGGUUCCAUCUUUGGAGACCCGACAAAGUUUGGCCUUGGCUUCUUCUCCAUCCUCUUUGACGUUCUGUUCAUGGUGCAGCACUACGGGCUCUACCGUAACCGGGAGCCGUACCAGCAGAUCAAGGACUCGGAGGUAUCUGUCAGCAAAGAUACUCCCAGCUCCCAAUACAAUAAGUGAUUAUCUCAGGAGAGAGACAGGCGUACAAAUCUGACUCUAUGUAUUCUUUGAUUCCAUUCGAUGAAAACUUUUCCGUACUUUCUCUUCUAAUGCUAUGUAUAGUGGAUUCCUGCUGGAAGCAUGUGGCAUUGUAUUGGCCAGUGCAAGUGUGUCUUGUGUGCAAGCACUUACAUACAUAUAGAGGAGGUUUUGCUGGAUAAGACUUUAAAGAACAUGCAAGUUUGUCAUGAUUGGACGAAGACUUCGAUGAGUUCCAUGUAUGUGAUCUUUAUGGCCUAAGGCAUCAUGAUUCUACUCUAAAAAGCAAGGACAGAACAUCAAUGAAAAUUGACACGUUUACUUCCUGUGCUUUAAUUUUUACUUACCCUCCUUCUCAACUCACAGAGUUCAUUCAGGGCAGCUGUUAGUCUAUGCUUGAAACAAACAACUUGUGGUGCCAUCUAUUUAUUUGUAUUAUUUUUUUUCCGUUUCUAGCUUUCUUUUCAUGAAAUGAACUUACGGUCUCAUGAGCAAUGUAAAACACUCUUUUCGGACCUCAUUUCUUUGGGGUUCGUUACUUUAUCAACCUCAGACAGACAGGAGAAAAAAUGCUCAUAUUGUACGCCUAUCUUUCUCCACAUGUUACUUCACCUGUAACAGUAACAGACAUUUUCAUGUUACCUCAUGGCCUUGAACAGAUGGGCAAGAAUGAUUUUAAAAUUUGCUUUUAGUUUUAGAGAAAAUUCAUAUUUUUAAUAAUAAAAAAUGAAAGAAAUGAACUAAAAAUGAUGAUAAACUAAAGCUUUUUUGUUUCAGUAAGAGUGUUAAGGUACUUGCAGCACAAUUUGGUCAUAUAAGUGCCAAAGAUGAGAGGAUUUACCGGAGAGUCUAGUAGCAAACACAAAACAGGAGGAGAGAUAAGAAUGUCAGAUGUUUGCUAGUCAGGAAGGAGCAACAGAGCAUGGGCGAUGCAGUUGUCGUUCUUUGCCUUCAGAAAAUAAAAA